GUGCAGAUUGGAUGUCACACAGAUAACCUCUCUCAUGCUGCAGAGCUGAAACGGGCCCCGGUGGUGAUCCGCACCUGCGAUAUUGCCUGCCAGAAACAGUCUGUUUCCUGCCUCUGGGGUGGCCUCAUCUACAUCGUAGUACCAGCAAAGAGCGUCCUGGGGAAAGUGCCCAUCACAGUUGAAGGGGCAGUCAGAGCUCCUUUCUUCAAGCUUGGGGAGACCUGUGAAAGCCAGUGGAAGGCCUGUAUCCGGCACUACCCUGCUCCCUGGGCAGAACUCGCCGUUGAGAAUCUCAUCCUGACGGUGCCAUCUGACAGCAUCCGCCACAUGGAGAGCCCGCAGCCGCUGCUGACCCUGUGGAACGAGAUCAUGGUGGCAAUAAGCAAAUUGGCGGCUAUACCAACGAAAUUCCCAAGGCCAGAGAGGAUUGUAACUGAUGUCCAGAUCUCCUGUGGCUGGAUGCAUGCUGGCUACCCCAUCAUGGGCCACCUAGAUUCAGUCAAGGAGAUGUUAGAUGUGAAGCACAUGCGAACGACUGGUCUCUGGGGUCCUGUCCAUGAGCUGGGACAUAAUCAACAGCAGCAAGCGUGGGAGUUUCCCCCUCACACCACAGAGGCCACCUGCAACCUCUGGUCUGUCUAUGUUCAUGAGGAGGUGCUGGGGAUUCCCAGGCAUCAGGCCCAUCAGGCACUUCGGCCACAGUGUCGGCAGGAAAGGAUAAGAGCAUACCUGAAGAAAGGUGCUCAACUAAAGGACUGGCAGGUGUGGACUGCUCUGGAAACAUACCUGCAGUUACAGGAAGGGUUUGGUUGGGACCCCUUCACCCACCUCUUCUCUGACUACCAGAAAAUGUCCACCAUCCCAAAAGACAACUCUUCCAAGAUGAACUUGUGGGCACGGAAGUUUUCUCAGCAGGUCAAUAAGAACCUGGCUCCUUUUUUUACAGCCUGGGGUUGGCCUAUCAAGAAAGAGCUGUCUGUGGAACUGUCCUCUUUACCCAGCUGGGAACAGGACCCAAUGAGAUCCUAUAGACUGUGA